AGAAAAGAGCCAAUGACAGACCGUGUUUUAGGUUACGUCAGAGCCUGCGCUAGGCAUGACGGGUGAAAAGAAAGCCCAUCAUGGCGGACGCUGGUGUUGCAGGUGAGGGAGGUGAGGCCUCCAAACCAGCCAUUAAACCUGCACGAUUCGUCUACGGCAGUUCUGACAAGGGUUCUGGCAGUGAGCCAGCUUCAGACAGCGAGGACACCAAUGUUAGAGAACACAUCGCAUCAUUCCCUCCAGAAUCAUCAAGUGUCCCACGAACGUUUGCCAUGAAGCAUGCACCCAACUACGCCUCUCACAGAACGGUUUGGUCAUCGGGGUACACCUCAGACGAGAGCAGCUGUGACGGUCACGACUUUCACGGUGCGGCAAACCGUCCCUUCCUCAGACCGUCACGUUUGUCCGCGACCCUGGCGCACUCCACCACCCCCUCCUCCUUUCCUUUAUUUGCGUCCAGUUCCACUUCCAGUAACGCACCAGGUUCUUCUGAUACAAAAGCUGUCAAAUCAGGUUUCAAGUUAAGGCCAGCGACUCUACAAGUACCGGGAGAGGCUGUGCUUAGAAAAGAUUCUCAAGAGGCUGAUAGCAAUGGAGUAGACAAGCCGACAGCCAAGGCUGAGGAGGACCCGCCCAGCUCCAAGCCACAACAAUCCAGGAAAAGAGCGAGCGAAUGUUCUGACGAUGAGCAGCACCAAAUGAAAAAAGCCAGGAAAGAAGAUUCUGGCCCUGAAACUCCGACUCCGGAGUCCACCACUGAUUCCACGGAGCAGGAGCCGCGGAGGAUAUUCGGGAUGUUCACGGGAACGUCUUCUGAGGAAGAGGACAGCAGGAAAGGGUUUAAGGAGUCCGAAUCUUCCGACACCGCCCCGGCCGAGAAUUACUUCUUACAGUUCCAGACCACUAAAAGUAAUGGUAGCAGUACUGCUGAAGCAAAUACAACAUCUGGACAGUCUGCAGAGACUACCUCUGGUUUUGUCUUUGGGGAGAAACUGGAGGAAAGAGUGGUCACUACACCGAAAUCACAGUCUCCUGAGAGGGAGGAACCACCAAAUGAAGAAAAGGCUGAAGAAGAAGACCAUGAAAAUUACUUCCUGCAGUUCUCAACAACAAGCUCUUCGGAAACAGCCGCAACGACGACACCGUCUAUCCAAACGGCGCCGGUUACCACCACGUCCACGACGGACGUGAACGCGACACCCGUCGUCUUCGGUCAGAAGGCCCCGCCACUCUGUACGGUCGCCACGGUUUCCCCGACCAGUGGAGCCGCAGCCCCUUCCUUCAUCUUUGGUCAGAACAUGAAUGAAAGAGUUGUGAGCACGUGUGAAACAUCAUUGGACAAAGACAGGCAAUCUCUGUCUGACUCCCACCCACAGAGUCCCGCGCCCGCCGAGGAAGAACAGAAGUGCGACGAGCCCACCAGCCCCAACUUCAGCGACCUCAGCAAGAAGUCCGUGGAGACAGCAGCAACCAGUCCUGCUGAGUCAGCAACGAAACCUGACAACGUCCAGCGGCUUCUGGAGUCCGCGGCCAGGUACCAGGAGUCCCACACGUCCUCCGUAGACUUCGCAGAGGUGGAGAAGGUCACUGGGGAGGAGGGGGAGAGAAACGUCAUGCAGUGUCAGUGUAGACUCUUCCUGUUCAACAAUGCCAGCCAAUCCUGGCAGGAGAGGGGGCGCGGCUGUCUGCGGCUCAACGACCUCCCCGAGCAGGACGAUGGUUCCUUCCAUUCUAGGAUGGUGAUGAGGAGCCAGGGCAGUCUGCGGCUGCUGAUGAACUGUAAGCUGUGGCCCCGCAUGGCGGUGGAACUGGCCAGCAAGAGGAGCGUCCGGGUCACGUGUAUGGACCAGGACAGGGUCAACGUGUAUCUUAUCAUGGCAAGCCCGAAGGAUGCGAGCCAGCUCUUCACUGCCAUUGAGUAUCGAGUCCAGAUUCUGAAGAGGAGGGAGGACAGACACGUAGUGGCACAGCCACAGUGUGAGGACAGUGUGGGGUCGGAACAGGUCGGAGCAGCAGCGGAGGAUAGCAAUAGCAGUGUGGAGGAGACCAAGAGAGCGGAGGGGGAGGUCCCAGAGGCAUCUACAGAAUUCUUAGCUGCAGAUGCUGAUGAGGAAGCUGCUCCUUCUCAACCCCAGUCCACAUCUCCUUUGGAGAAACAAGAAUAGCUCCCACCAACCAACCUGUACAGCUAGCCCUUAGAGUAGUCACCUCAACUCACUAUAGACUAGGAGUUUUGGCAACAUCACAGGGGUGGAGCCAUUUGUAUUCCUGGUAGUCUAUCUCCUGUAACAAUACUUUGUGUAUCUCUUAUCUUGAGUUUGUACACCAUUCAGCAGUGUAGUUAUAAAGGAAAUAUGAUUUUGUUUUUGUACUCUUGUUUUGCAAAGCAGCGUCUUUGACAGGUGUUAAUGUAACAGUGGCAUUUUGGCAUGUCUCUGUGACAAUUGUGCUGAAUAAAGAAGAAAUGCAACAACAAAAGAAAA